UAUACAUAUAUUGUGUGUAAUUUGCAGUUUCAUUUUCCAGAAAGACAGUUACCGCGAAGAGAAAGAGACGAGAGGAGACAAGAAAUAGAGAGAGAGAGAAAGAGAGUGUGUGUGUGUGGAAGGAAGCUUUCAAUAGCAGAGAAGAGAUAACGAUGUGUGAAAGCUUUACAUCAUCAUCCUUUCAUACCCUGCAACUCUAACAGAGUGGUGUACUCAGAAGGUGGUGGUUGCUCACACAGGAAGAUGAUUUCAACAUGGGAAUAGCAACACCACCAUUUCCUUCUUCUUCUUCUUCUUCUUCUUCCAUUAUUCAUCACUUCAAGAAGACAGUAACAUUACUACUACAUCAUAACCAGAUUAGCUUCAAUUGUUCAAAUUCUAUGUCCCAAGAUUAUCAUCAUCACCAAGGAAUCUUCCAAUUUUCCAAUGGAUUCGAGAGAUCAUCGUCGUCGUCGCAACAGAUCCAAAGAGACAAAGUGAGAGGGUUUCAACAACAAGAACUUGCUCGUCCUCCUGUUUAUGAAACCGCCGGUAUGUUGUCGGAGAUGUUUAAUUUCCCUGAUGAUUCUUCAACAGCUGAAUUGUUGGAAAAUGCAACUUUUCGUUCUUCGUCUUCUUCUUCAGCCUCGAGGCACCAACAACAACAACAACAACCACAAACGUCAACAAUUACAGGUAAUUCAGAAAACAACAACAAUUGGUAUGGUAACCAUACCAACAACCAACAACAACAACAACAUCAACAUCAAAUUUCAAGCAUUAAUGCAGCAGCAGCUGAUUCAGCUGCUGCUGCCAUGCAUCUUUUUCUCAUGAACCCUUCUCAUAUGCAUCAAACAAGAUCUUCAUCUUCUCCUCCAACUCCACAUCCUCAACAAACUCUCCACAUGUUUCCAAAUUCUGGUUUUGGACAAUUCACAUGGGGUGGUGGUACUACUCAAGAAGGAGGAGGUGGUGUGGAAGGUCUUUCAUUAUCACUAUGUUCUUCAUUGGAAGUUGCAAAAGCUGAUCAAGAAUUAAGAUCUUUGUAUUACAAUAAUAAUCAAGUUGGUGAAGGAGGACCAUCUUCUUCAUAUCAGUACAAAAAUCAUCAUAAUCAUCAUCAAGCAUUAAUGAAUAAUUUGCAUUUACAACAAGGAGGAGGGACCAAUAAUAUUAUUAUUGGAUACAAUAAUAACUACAACCAGCAUCAUCAAGGAUUGUCAUCCUUAAAUGUUGUGAGAAAUUCAAAAUAUAUGAAAGCAGCACAAGAAUUGUUUCAAGAGUUUUGCAGUGUUGGUGGUGGGAGGAGUAAUCAUCAGUUUAUUAUUAAGAACAACAAGUUGAAUUCAAACCCUAAUAAUGGUGAUCAUCCUUCUAAUUCAUCUUCAUCAAAAGACACUCCUCUUCCUCCUUUGUCAGCUUCUGAUAGAAUUGAACAUCAAAGAAGGAAGGUCAAACUUCUUUCCAUGCUUGAUGAGGUGGACAGAAGGUACAAUAACUACUGUGAACAAAUGCAAAUGGUGGUGAACUCAUUUGAUGUAAUGAUGGGUUUUGGAGCAGCAAUUCCAUACACAGCACUUGCACAGAAAGCGAUGUCUCGUCAUUUCAGGUGUUUAAAGGAUGCAAUAACAGCACAGGUGAAGCAUAGUAGUGAGGUUCUAGGAGAGAAAGAAGGAGGAGGAGGAGGAGGGAAUUCAUUAGGAGCAGGUUUGACAAAAGGAGAGACCCCUAGACUUAAGGCACUUGAACAAAGUUUAAGACAGCAGAGAGCUUUUAAUCAAAUUGGGAUGAAUAUGGAACAGGAAGCUUGGAGACCUCAAAGAGGAUUGCCUGAACGUUCUGUCAACAUUUUGAGAGCUUGGCUUUUUGAGCAUUUUCUACACCCGUAUCCAAGUGAUGCAGAUAAGCAUCUUUUGGCACGACAAACUGGGCUAUCGAGAAAUCAGGUAUCAAAUUGGUUCAUAAAUGCAAGAGUUCGGUUGUGGAAGCCAAUGGUAGAAGAAAUGUAUCAACAAGAACUUAAUGAAGCAGAGUGUGGAGAUAAACAAAUAUCACAAGAAAACAACAACAACAACAACAACAGUGUUGGUGACCAAACACCACCACAACAACCACCUACGACACCAACAACAAAAAUAUCCGAAGAAAACGACCAAGCAAUUCAAUCCAAUUCUAUCACCGCCAUUAACACCACCGUUUCUGAGGUGGCUCCACCGUUCGAUUCAGACAUGUCCCCACAGAGAUCAAUGGCUAUGGAUGACACGUGUCGAUAUGGAAGCUUAGUUGCAGAAGAUUAUGAAACAGCCUCUGACAUUGGAUCAUCAACUCUUAUCAGAUUUGGGUCCACUUCUGGUGACGUGUCACUUACUUUAGGGUUACGCCACGCUGGCAACAUGCCUGAUAAUAAAACUACUACUUUCUCUAUUAGAGACUUUGGACCCAUUUAAGAUGCUUUAGUUAUUAAUUACCAUCAAAUUUUUUCACUUUUAAUUAAUAUCUAUCCCUCUUAUACAUUUUCCUCUCUCUUUUUAUUUGCAUUUUAUCAUGGAAGGUAAUUCAAAGGGUAGUUUAAUUUAGCUAUAAUAUAAUAUUAAUAGGUGUAGCUCUAGCUAUGGUGUCUAUUGUAUAACUGUAUAGAUUUUUCAACAAUAAUUGUUUAAGGUUUGUUGUUUAGUCUUAUCAUUGGAUUUUAUCUGCUCACUGGCCAGAGUAAUAGAUCCAUCUUCUUUUGCAAUGUAAUAUUGUAAUUUGCUUUUAAA